AUGGCGGUGGAUAUGGUGGGUGCUAUUGCGAGGAAUGUUGAAAAAAUAGCAGGUGUUAUAGAAGUUAUGAAAAUAAAGGUAAAGGCGGUUCGGACGGUUCUAGUCAAUUGUCUUUAUUUUUUUUCUCAUUAUAAAGAUUUAGAAAAUAAAAAAGUACAAGUCGGAGAAUUUGAAGGUCAAGAGCAAGCCGAAAAAUUAUUAAAACAGUUUAACAUGGCAAAAAAUCUAAAAAAAAUUUCUCUGGAAAAAGAAUUCUCCUCAAAAAGCGGAAAAUCUUCUUUUGACAAAAAAGAAGUUUUCUCGGGACGAGGAAAAGUAAAAAUAAAAAAAGGAAGUGUGCCCGAGCGUAAAGUUCAACUAAUUUGUGGCAAGGCCAGGCCGGGUGCUGAUUUAGCCUUUUUGAAAAAUAUGGCUUUGUUUUGUAAGGAAUUUAACGAUAAAACCAAAGAUAAGGACGGACAGAUAGUUAGCGUGGAAAUAAGCGUUUAUGAUGAUAAGAGUCAUAGUUAUAACAUUAGCACACCACCUGGUGUUUAUCUACUAAAAAACAGACGCAAUGAUUAUAAAACGAUAAGGGAAAAAGAAAAAAGAAAAGAAGCCCGAGAAAAAGAAAGAAAAGAAAUUUCAGAGGCCGAAUUAGAAGAAAUUGCUCGGAAAAUAAUGCCUAGUUUGAAUACUGAUGAUAUUGAGAAGGCUAAAAAAAUUGUUCGGGGCACCGUGCGAAGAAAUUCAGAUGGUAAAAUAGGCGAUUUUCCUACAAAUGGUGGUGAUGUUAACCGGGAGGAUAUUGAAAGAAUCAGGAUUACCGGCCCGGAAGCGGAAUUAGAGAAAAUGCUAAAGUUAAUUUUUUUAAAAGAUGAUGUGAGAGAUACCAAAAAUAAUGCUAAAGAUAGUUUCGCUUUUGAAAUAGUAGAUAUUACGCCCGAGACCACUGUCGGGACUUCCCAAGAUGCAAUAUUGAACUUAACAGCAGCGGAUUUUGCGGGUGCUCUGACGGCCGAAAAUAUAAUAAAAAUUAAUGACACUGAUUACAAUAGUAAAAAGGCAGGCACUAACGAACCGGCAGUAGUAGUGGACCGAGAUGAUCAAAAACAAGCCCUUUUGGAUUUGGAACAAAAAUUAGCCGAUUUGGAAACCAACUUUCCCGGCGGUAAGGAUUUCACAAAGGGACCAGAAUUAACCUUAACUGAUACUUCUGCUGAGAUUGGUAGGUUUGUUGAUGAUGGUAAUACUGGAUUGAAAUCCUACUUUUAUGGUAAUUGGAAUGCUUCAACAACCGUUCCUGAUAAAACUGGUGAUGAAAAUAUUAAACACAUUCUUUUUAGUUUAGAAGAUGAAACGAAUGCAAGGAUUUAUGAGAAUAAAAUAAAUAGUUUGACGAAAAAGGCCGAGGUAGCCCAAAUCUAUGCGAAUGGUUUUACUUUUGCUGAUGAUAGUGAUGAGUUUAGAAAGGCGACGGGUAAAGCGCUUUACAAGGGCUUUCCGGUGAUUGACCCUGGAGUAGUAGCCACCGCUGGGGCUACGAAGGCGGAUGAUAUAACUUUUAGCUCCGCACCUGGGGAUAGAUACUCCAAAACCGCUAUUGACAUGUUUCGUCAUAAAGAUAGUUUUCCAAUUGAACUACCAGAUAAUAUAAAAGCCACUAAUCCACCAAUAAAAUUGUUUGAGUCAAAUAAACGCGAGGAUUGUUGUGGUUUUCAACCGGGCGAACUUACAGCCGAGGGUGAUUAUCGAGGUCAUGGGGUCGGAUAUUUAAAUAAUAAUGUUGGCACCGAGGCCCACUCGCUAGAUGUUAAUGCUCAUAAAUUAGAUACUAAAGUCGUCAUUGAUAUUUGGGAGGCGGCUACCUUAGACGAGGCCAUUAAUUUAGCCUUUUUUGGUCAGGAUUACGCGGCGGGUACCAACAAAAAACCCAACGACCCAGAUUAUCUUUUCUUCAAUGAAUUAUCAGGAAAAAGUGAAUUAGAAAUGUUGGAAAUAUAUUAUAAGGCUUUUGAAAGAACGCCGAACGCAACUGCUGCAAAAACCGCUUGGAAUGAUGUGGCGGCCGGCGGGGGCAGAGAAAAGAUUACUAACGGUUAUAACUCGGCCAAAACUUUCCUGGGAAUAUAUGUAACUAACUAUGCAAGUGCCCUAAGUGAAAGCGACAAAGACAAGAAAAAAACGGCGUUAGAAAAAGUAAAAACUGAUUUACAAGCGUAUGUAACCAAAGGUAAUGUUGCCACUGAUACUAAUAAAAUUGGUGACCAAAAUAGCGGGCUGAUUAAACAAAUUGACGACGCCAUUGCGGCUCUGUCAGGGGGGGGAGGUAAAUUCACCAAACAAUCUGAUUUGAACAAAAUAUUAGCCGAUGCUAAUUUGAAAGACCCGGCUAAAAAAGUUUAUCAAGCCUUUGAUAAUUUGGGUGCGAAUGUAAAAACGGAUACUUAUUACGAUGCACUAGUGGCGUUAAUUGGCGAACUAGGCAAAACUAUUGAUAAACCCAAAGAACUACGAACUAAUUUUGGUGCCGAACAUGUAGCUAAAGAAGCCGAAAAGCAAUUAACCACUGCGGUUGCCGCUGCUAAAAAAGUGAUGGAAAAUGAAGGUGAUGCAAUAACCAAAACGGAAAUUGAUAUUGUUGAUAGUAUUCAAUUAGCCCAAGAUAUUAAAUUGGUAUUUGAAAAAUGUAAAAAGGCUCAUGGUUCUGUUACAAGCACCGAAAAGGAUGGCCUAAAAGGCGAAUUAACAGGUUAUCAAACAAGCAAAAAAACUGCUUGGGAUAAAGUAAAUCAAUACCAAAAAACCGCCGGCAAAGGAUACGCCGAUGAAGCUUUGGAAAAAGUUGAUGAAGGUCAGAAAAAAGACCAAGCAACUCAUGCUAAGUAUGCGGCAAUGGGAAGUGCGAAAGAGGUGCGAGAAGAAGCAACCAAAGAUGGAGUGAGUGAUGAAACGCUUGUCAAACGGGGUCAGAUUAGUGCGGAAUUCAAAAAUUCUGAUAAGGAUGACGAGAAAGCAUUAGUAGUGAUAGCCAAAAGAGCUGGCGAAACUACUGAAUACAGCGAUAGCCAAGAUAAGAUAGAACAAAGCCUCACUGAGAUUAAAAAGCACAUUGAUGUAUUAGAAAAAAUUAUUAAGGCUAAGAGUUCCGAUAGUUCCAAUGAGGGGGAAACCGACACUAAAACUUUCUUAGAAAGUUUGAAAAGUUCAUUAGAAAGCCGAAAAUCACAAUUAGAGACAAAGCAAAAAGAAUACGGCAAAAGCAAUGAUGGCACAAACCCUACGCCAUGA